UUUGUAAGGUGAAAAAAUGCCUGUCGAAGUGUCAAAUUUUGCUUGAGAGAAGAAGUGGAGAAAAAGUUUUUUUUAAUUACACAAUAAUCGUGCGAAAAGCCUGAAAAAAGUUGCAAAAAAGGUGGAAAAUUGCAAGAAGUGUGCACAAAUUUGUAUAAUUGGGUGAAAUUGCGUGGAAAAGUGUGCCAAGGAGGGCGAAAAAGUCGUGAAAAGUGUGCGGCACGUUUGACUUUGGCUUUUUUUCAGCGAAUGAAAAGGCAAAAAAUUUCCCAAAAUUUUAUGUGGAUAAAUAUUGCAAUAUAAACUCCAUCGAGGGCAGCCAAAUUCAUCGCAAAAAGUGGAACCAUUGAAGAUUCUCGACGACAAAAUGACAUGGGAGCCACAGCCAGAGGGUCUGCAGCAAAUUCUAACAUUGCUCAAGGAAUCCCAAUCGCCCGACACAGAAAUACAGCAAGCCGUUCAGAGGAAAUUGGAAGAACUCAAUCAAUACCCUGAUUUUAACAACUACCUAAUCUAUGUGCUGACUAAACUGAAGACAGAGGAUGAACCAACAAGGUCACUCAGUGGACUGAUUCUCAAGAAUAACAUCCGACACCUUGGGACGAAUUUGCAGUCGGAAAUAAUAAAUUACAUUAAGCAAGAAUGUCUUAUGGCCGUUGGGGAUCCUUCGCCCCUGAUCAGGGCAACUGUGGGUAUCCUCAUAACGACAAUUGCCAGCAAAGGUGGUCUGAUAAAUUGGCCAAACCUUCUGCCAGCACUCUGCGAAAUGCUAGAUUCACCAGAUCACAAUGUCUGCGAGGGUGCCUUUGGGGCACUUCAGAAGAUCUGUGAAGAUUCCGCCGAGGGACUCGACAGUGCGGACCUCAAUCGUCCACUCAAUGUGAUGAUUCCGAAAUUUUUGCAAUUUUUCCAUCACAGCAGCCCCAAGAUUCGUUCACACGCCAUUGCGUGCAUCAAUCAGUUUAUCAUCCAUAGGACUCAGGUGCUGAUGCUGCAUAUUGAUCCAUUCAUCGAAAGCCUCUUCCGGCUGUCUUCGGAUGAGGAUCACGAGGUGCGGAAGAAUGUAUGCCGUGCACUGUGUAUGUUGCUGGAAGUACGAAUGGAUCGCCUUAUGCCAUACAUGAAUCAAAUAAUUGAGUACAUGCUGCAACGGAGUCAAGAUCAAGAUGACAGUGUUGCCCUCGAGGCUUCGGAAUUCUGGCUAUCGCUUGCGGAGCAGAACAUUUGCAAGGAGGUCCUCGGGCCCCAUUUGCCGCGCUUAGCUCCAAUUCUCAUUCGUGGUAUGCGCUACUCUGACAUCGACAUCAUCCUCCUGAAGGGAGACGUGGAAGAGGAUGAAAUGAUUCCGGAUCGUGAAGAAGAUAUUCGACCGCGUUUCCAUAAAUCACGCACACACACCCUAAAGUCAGCAAGUGAUGAGAAUGGGGACAAUGACGAUGAUGACGAUGGUUUAGAUGAUGAUAAUUCCCUUUCUGAGUGGAAUCUGCGAAAGUGCAGUGCUGCAGCUCUCGAUGUUCUUGCGAAUGUUUUCCGUGAGGAAUGUCUGCCGAUUCUCUAUCCCAUCCUCAAUGAGAUCCUCUUCCAUCAGCAGUGGGAGAUCAAGGAGAGUGGGAUCCUUGCACUGGGAGCCAUUGCCGAGGGAUGCCUACAGGGGAUGGUACCCCAUCUGCCUGAACUCAUUCCCUACUUGAUAUCUUGUCUGUCGGACAAAAAGGCUCUCGUACGAUCAAUCACGUGUUGGACAUUGUCGCGGUAUGCCAGUUGGGUUGUAAUGCAACCAAAUCACGAUCAAUACUUGAAGCCACUCAUGGAGGAAUUGCUGAAGAGGAUCUUGGAUGCCAAUAAGAGAGUACAGGAAGCUGCAUGUUCGGCUUUUGCCACACUUGAGGAGGAAGCUUGCACGGAAUUAGUUCCAUAUCUCAGUUUUAUCCUCAAAACUCUCGUUUUUGCCUUCUCUAAAUACCAGCACAAAAACUUGCUUAUCCUCUACGAUGCAAUUGGCACCUUGGCGGAUUCUGUAGGUCAUCAUUUGAAUAAGCAAGAUUACAUAAAUAUGCUUAUGCCCCCACUAAUACACAAAUGGAAUAUGUUAAAGGAUGAAGAUAAGGAUCUCUUCCCAUUGUUGGAGUGUCUCUCGAGUGUGGCAACAGCCUUGCAGUCAGGUUUUCUGCCGUACUGUGAGCCUGUCUACAAUCGCUGUAUAUCCCUGAUACAGCAAACAAUUAAUCAGGAUAUGGCAAAUACAGCGAGUCCUGGGCAAUACGAACAGCCAGAUAAGGAAUUUAUGAUUGUUGCAUUGGAUUUACUUUCGGGUCUCGCUGAGGGACUCGAUGGGCACAUUGAAUCACUUGUUGUCAAUAGCAAUAUAAUGGAAUUACUGUUCCAAUGCAUGCAGGACAUUAUGCCGGAGGUGCGACAGUCAUCAUUUGCACUUCUGGGUGAUCUAACAAAGGCCUGCUUUCAACAUGUGGCUCGCUACAUUCCUGACUUUUUGCCAAUUCUCGGCCAAAAUCUCAAUCCUGAGUGUAUUUCGGUGUGCAACAAUGCCAUAUGGGCCAUUGGAGAAAUUAGUAUCAAGCUGGGUGCUGACACACGACUCUACAUCCCCCUCGUACUCAACCAAUUGAUUGCCAUCAUCAAUCGUCCCAAUACAACGAAAACACUUUUGGAAAAUACAGCUAUAACAAUCGGUCGUCUAGGUUUAGUGUGCCCCCUUGAUGUGGCUCCUUUAUUACAACAGUUUGUUCGGCAGUGGUGCACCUCACUACGAAAUAUACGUGACAAUGAGGAGAAGGACUCUGCUUUUAGGGGCAUGUGUCAAAUGAUAACAGUGAAUCCAGUUGGUGUUGUACCAGACUUCAUCUUCUUUUGUGAUGCAGCCGCAUCAUGGGUAAGUCCAAAGAGUGACUUACAUGAGAUGCUCCAAAAGAUACUCUCGGGCUUCAAGACUCAGGUGGGUGAGGAAAAUUGGAGAAGAUUUGUUGAUCAGUUUCCCCCACAAUUGGCUGAGCGUCUUAGUUCGAUGUAUGACAUAUAAAUGGGCAACAAUUUUGCGUAAAAUGUCAAGAACUUUUCUCCUGAGGAUAAUCAUCACGAAAAAAAAUGGGAUACAUUUACAAUCACACACAACACACAUCAAGUGAUUAAUUCCUUGCAAUAACUUUUCUUUUUAUUUCCCACAAAAAUACAUGAGGACUACAUCAACAACAACAAACAAAACGAUAGUACUUUAAUUUUAGUGGAGAAAGGCAUUGUAAUGAAGUGAAAUAUUGAAUCAAUAACUUUUUGUGAUAAGUAAAUAAAUACCAUUUAUUUA